UCAACCAAUUGUUCCUUUUCCUUUGUUUGCUACCCAAAAUUAGAGUAAAUGAAACCACAUGAGAAUUAAGAUACAGUCAUCCUAGCUAGUAACUCUGCUGUCUCUAGGGGUUCCUAUGAUAUGAUUCAGUUUGAAUUGCUAACACCCAUGAGAACAGGUUGGAUUUCUCUGCUUUGUUGGUCCAAAUGAUGAUCACAUCAUCUACAGGUGCCUAGGAAAUUGUAGUGGUGAAGUGUGGAAUUCAAAGCAAGAGCCUUAACAGUUUGCUAAUUGCAGUGGAGGAGAACAGAAGUAUACCUGCAACUUUAGCUGCCCUACUCAGUCCACCCUGAAAAAGUCAAGCAUGCCUGGUGCAGACAGUGGAGAGGUUCAAGAGAAGCAGCUUUGGGAUGCUGCUGCUGACAAGGAACAAAGACUGACACCCAGUAGACGCAACCAUGCUAGAAAUGUGUCUCAGCCUGAGAAGAAACUCCAAGAGGCCAUUUGUGUGCUGCUGGUGGAGCUGUGUGAGAGAUUCACAUUCUUUGGCAUUGUCUGCAACAUGAUCCUCUUUUGCACUGUCAGACUUGGCUAUCGGAACUACCAGGCAGCUAUUGUCAAUAUGUGCUUUGUAGGCACCUCCAUGUUGACGCCAGUGCUGGUUGGCUGGCUUGCUGAAUGCCUUGUGGGAAGGACCAAGCUUGUGUGCAUCUGCAUGUUUCUACACUUCCUAGGCACAGCACUGCUACCUGUUGUGGCUUUCCCAUUUGAAGACAUUUACAUUGACAGACGACACAUUCUUCUUCAUACACUAACAAAAAAAGAGCAGAAAAUAGUAUUCUACUUUGCACUACUCACAGCUAGCCUGGGAAUAGGAGGCAUAAGAGCUAUAGUUUGUCCGUUAAGUGCAUACAACCUUGAGGACUGUGGACCAAAGGAACUUCUUUCUUUUUUCAACUGGUUUUAUUGGUUGAUUAACUUAAAUUCAGCGGUUGUCUUUGUUAGUAUCUCUUAUAUUCAGCAGUCUGUGGCCAGGAACCUUGGUUUCCUUAUCCCUUUUGUGUCCAUACUUAUGGCCAUGAUCACAAUUCACAUGGUGCGUGGUGAAAUGAUUUACAAACCCAAAACAGACAGUUCCCUUCUGACGACUUUUGGGGUAAUUGCUAGUGCACUGAAAACUUGCUGUGUGCGGUAUCGCUACUUUGGUGGAGGUGUAACAAACUGGCUAGAUCACGCCAAGGAAAACUAUGGUGGUCAUUACAGCGAGAUUCAGGUGGAAAGCACAAAGUCACUUGCCAGGCUUUUCCCACUGUUUGCCUUCCAAAUUUUAUACAGAACGUGUAUUAUGCAGAUUCCGUCAGGAUAUUAUCUUCAAACCAUGAAUUCCAACUUGAACUUCAGUGGAUUUGUCUUGCCAAUUGCAGCAAUGAAUGUAAUAAGCAUUGUGCCACUACUGAUUCUUGUUCCUAUUUUGGAAUGCAUUAACUCAUGUCUCUUCAGUUCCAAGGAAAGUGGAUGUUCUCCUACAAUUUAUAUUGUUGUAGGUCAGUUAUCUGCUGCACUUUCUGUGAUGGUUGCUGGUUUCUCUGAAAUACACCGAAAGCAUUUCCCUCAGGUGGAACAGACCCUUUCCGAGGAGAUUCUCCUGGUCUCCUCCAUGCCUUGCUUCCACCUAACUCCUCAGUAUGUCUUACUCGGAGUGGCAGAAGCCUUGGUAACACCUUCCUGUUCAUUGCUAUCAUUCUGGCUUGUGCCAGAAAGAAUUCGAGGUAUUUCCAUGCAUUUUUUAACUCUCUUCAAUGGAGCUGGCUGCUUUUUGGGAGCUUUCUUUGUUCAGACAGCCCACACAGGCACUCAAGGCAACUGGUUUCCCCACUUGCUACAUGAAGGUAAAUUGGAGAGAUUCUUCUUCUUCUUGGCUUCCUUAAUGAUGGUGAACACCCUGGGGUUCUGGACCAUUGCACACAGAUACAACAAUCUGAAUCAGGAAUACACCAGUGAGUUCAGAGGAGCUCUUCCUGCGGAAAGACUUCUGAAGCAUGACAAAGACAUCAAGCACUAUGAUAGUGUCCUGGAUUGCUCUCCCAUUUUGUCUCCUGUGGAGACAACUUGAUCAAGUUUCCCCCUUGUUGGACUUGAUUUUGAUUGUGUUACCUACCAGCUUUCUAAUGAUGAAUUAUCUAGUGUACCUUAGUGGAAUAGCUAAUGUAUUUAUUAAUCAUGUUAGCACUAAUAGUAUUAUUUAUAAAUUUAUAAAUUGCAUUGGAUUUGGCCUUGUAGGAUGCUGCACUGUCGUAAUACAUGUCGAGGACAAUGAGAGCUCACUGCUUGGCAUGGUUGAUGGAGAUAGGCUUUUAAUCUGUACAGGGAAAUAGAUGGGUAUUCACACAUUUGUACUUAGUUAAAAAAUUAAUAAACUCAUGUAUACAUUUGUUUAGCAAAUUA